CCCGUUGGAGCAGGGCAACGUGAGGGGGGUUCAAGAGGCCCGUCCGCUGAGCUGGGGUGCACACAGGCGCCUGAACCUGCAAGCACGAGGCACGGCGCAGGAGCGGUUCGACUCAUCCACACGCAUUGGACGCAAAAGAGAGACGAUGUUCCACUCAGCCGGAGAUGAAGGGGUGGCCCGUGAGCCCCACAAGGCUUUCCCCAAGGCUGAGUCGCAGAAGCUCGGGCAGCAAAUGCGCGCCCGCGCCGAGCACAUCUUCGCCUCGGCCUUCGGAGCAGAGGACACAAAGGAGGAGAUCUCUAUAUUUGACGUCCCUGAGCACUGCCCGAUCGGUCACCGCGAGGCCAAGGAGAGGCAGCUUCUGAAGGAGAGCGACCCCGAUGUCGUGGGAAAGAGAAAGAAGAGACUCCUCCGGACCCACACCAUCUCAGUGACCAUUGUUGGUGCAGAUGGCGUGGCCCGGCCUGUGUCGCCCAGCAACUUCCCCCACUCUCCGAUCUCUCCCUUCCCUCACUCUCCCGUCUCUUCUGCCGCGCACUCCCCCGGCACGUCUCCGCACUCGCCUGCGAACGAUGUGCCACAAAUGCUGGCCAUGCAACCAGCCUACUCUGACGUGCCCGACUUCCAACGCAUGAUUGUCAUGGGGGACUACGCUGCAGGCGUGUGUCUGGAGGACCUGGCAGAGGCAGGCCAGGGCCUGUACCGCGCACUGCUCAUCCGUGAGAAGUACAUGCGCCUCUCCUUCCAGCGCUUCCCGUGCACCACAUCGCGUUAUUUGCGCACCAUAGAAGGAGAAGCAUGGCACGACAGUGACCAGGUUCUGCCCGUGUUCACUGCUCCGCCCAAGAAGGGAGAGGACCCCCUGUCGCUGGAGGGCAUCCCGGGGGACCUGGGCUACAAGGUCACCUCGCGGGACGGCGUGGUGCACGUUUCCAGCGGCGGUGCCGGAGAUAAUGAGGCACUGCACUCGCUGCCCUACCUGGACAUCGACACUUUCAUCGACGACAUGAACUUCCUGCUCACGCUCAUCGCUGAUGGGCCGACAAAGACCUUUUGCCACCGACGGCUCAACUUCCUGGGGUCAAAGUUCAACUUGCAUGAGAUGCUCAACGAGAUGGCGGAGAUGAAAGAGCUGAAGGAGGUGGCACACAGAGACUUCUACAACGUCAGAAAGGUGGACACGCACAUCCACGCCGCGGCCUGCAUGAACCAGAAGCACCUGCUGCGUUUCAUCAAGCACUCGUACCUGGUUGACCCGGAGCGUGUGGUGCGCGUCAAGGACGGCGUGCCCGUCACCCUGCGCCAGCUCUUCGAAAGCCUCAAGCUGCACCCUAACGAUCUGACGGUCGACUCGCUGGACGUGCACGCGGGCCGUCAAACAUUCCACCGUUUUGACAAGUUCAACUCCAAGUACAACCCCGUGGGGGCCAGCGAGCUGCGGGACCUCUACAUCAAAACCGACAACCACAUCAAGGGAGAGUACUUCGCCACCAUCAUCAAGGAGGUGGCAUCGGACCUGGAAGAAAGCCGGUACCAGCACGCAGAGCCGCGCCUCUCCGUGUACGGAAGCAAGAGGGACGAGUGGCACAAACUGGCUGACUGGUUCAUCCAGCACCGCGUCUACUCGCCCAACCUCAAGUGGAUGAUUCAGAUGCCACGUAUUUAUGACAUCUUCAGAGCGAAGAACCUCGUCUUAAACUUUGGCACCAUGUUGGACAACAUCUUCCUCCCGCUGUUCGAGGCAACGAUCAAUCCAAACCAGCACAAGCACCUGCACGUCUUCCUCAAACACGUGACCGGCUUCGACAGCGUGGAUGAUGAGUCCAAGCACAGCGGCCACAUGUUCAGCAGCAAGAGCCCCAAGCCGCAGGAGUGGGACGUGCAGAAGAACCCUUCGUACACCUACUACAUGUACUACAUGUACGCCAACGUCAUGGUGCUCAACAACCUGCGCAGGGAGCGUGGCAUGAACACCUUCCUAUUCCGCCCGCACUGUGGGGAGGCUGGCGCUGUCACCCACCUGCUGGCCGCCUUCAUGCUCGCCGACAACAUCUCACAUGGGCUAAACCUCAAGAAGAGCCCCGUGCUGCAGUACCUGUACUACCUGGCCCAGCUCCCCAUUGCGAUGUCUCCACUCAGCAAUAACAGCCUCUUCUUGGAAUACGCCAAGAAUCCACUACUGGAGUUCCUGCAAAAGGGCCUCUGCAUCUCCCUGUCUACUGAUGACCCGAUGCAAUUCCACUUCACUAAGGAGCCGCUGAUGGAGGAGUACGCCAUUGCGGCACAGGUGUUCAAGUUGAGCACGUGCGACAUGUGCGAGAUCGCGCGCAACAGCGUGCUGCAGAGCGCGUACUCGCAUGAGGAGAAGAAACAUUUCUUGGGAAACAACUACCUGCAGGACGGCCCAGCGGGCAACAAUAUCCUGAAGACAAAUGUGGCGCACAUCCGCCUGGCGUACCGCUACGAGACCUGGUGCUACGAGCUCGACCUCAUUAUGGACGCCAUGAAGGCCACCUCCGAGUGAAGCGCACAUACGGCACCUUCACACAUCAGUAUUAGUAGGAUUAGCGCGAUGGCUGGCUGUGUCAGUUUGGGUUAGUGUAAUAGAGGUAGCAAGAGCUUAAAAAGGCUUUCAUCCAGCAUUGGAUUGAAUAUGGCUGGUGAUAAUAAAGUGUUCAAUAGUAUUUCAUUAGCACAAUUCUACGUAUGCUAAGAUUGAUAACCUGUUAGACUAUCAAGAGAGUACAGCAGAUCCAAGUGGUGAACGCUCACUGGUAUACAGCCAACUGUUUUGGAGCAACUAGUGAUUGCUUACAGUAUUAGUAUGUGCCUAAAGGCAUACAGGCAUCUUGAUACGGAAAUUGUUCACUAAACAGUUUAUAAUUAUUCAUUCAUCAUGCAGUCAGCGAAGGACCGUUGCGCCAAAUUUGUGACGUCUUGCGACAGCAUUCACAUAAACUGCUCUUGCUGCCAUACA